AUGCAAUGCCCAGUAGUUUUAUUCAAAUUGCCGUAUUUGCCCACGUCACGACUCUCACUACACUCAUCAUUUCUCUCACUCAUCAUUAGACCCACAAAGCUCAGCACAGCAAGAAGACCGAGAGAGACUAGAAGCAGCAUCGGUAGAGAUAGGGCAAUGCCUUGUUCUGCAAUUGGUGGCGCUGGUGGAGGUGGUGGUGAGGCUAACGGUUCUCUGCCCAAUUUCAAACUGAACGAGUCCACGUUCUUGGCCUCCCUCAUGCCGAAGAAAGAGAUUGGCGCCGAUCGCUUCAUCGAGGCUCAUCCCAAUUACGAUGGCCGUGGCGCCCUCAUCGCUAUCUUCGAUUCUGGAGUGGACCCUGCUGCUUCUGGAUUACAAGUUACAUCAGAUGGAAAGCCGAAAAUCCUAGAUGUUCUUGAUUGUACUGGGAGUGGUGAUGUCGAUACUUCAAAGGUAGUGAAGGCCGAUGAAAACGGUUCUAUUCGUGGAGCUUCCGGAGCAUCUCUGGUUGUCGACUCCUCAUGGAAAAAUCCUUCUGGUGAAUGGCAUGUGGGUUAUAAAUUGGUAUACGAGUUGUUUACAGAUACAUUGACUUCUCGCUUGAAGAAAGAAAGAAGAAAAAAAUGGGAUGAACAAAACCAAGAAGAAAUUGCCAAGGCUCUUAAGGAUCUUCAUGAAUUUGACCAGAAACACAGUAAAGUGGAUGAUGCUAACUCGAAAAGGGCUCGGGAGGAACUGCAAAAUAGAGUUGAUUACCUACAAAAGCAAGCUGAUACCUAUGAUGACAAAGGCCCUGUCAUAGAUGCUGUUGUAUGGCAUAAUGGAGAAGUAUGGAGGGUUGCCCUUGACACACAGACUCUUGAGGAUAACCCAGAUUGUGGAAAACUUGCAGACUUUGUGCCCCUAACUAAUUAUAGGAUAGAACGAAAAUACGGUGUUUUUAGCAAAUUAGAUGCCUGUACAUUUGUUGUUAAUGUUUAUGAUGAAGGGAAUAUCGUAAGUAUUGUGACAGAUAGCUCUCCCCAUGGCACUCAUGUUGCUGGUAUUGCUACUGCUUUCCACCCAAAGGAGCCCCUGUUGAAUGGAGUUGCACCUGGAGCACAACUAAUAUCUUGUAAAAUUGGAGACUCGCGCUUAGGUUCAAUGGAGACAGGAACUGGUUUGACUCGAGCCUUGAUUGCUGCUGUGGAGCAUAAGUGUGAUUUGAUCAACAUGAGUUAUGGAGAACCUACUUUACUGCCAGACUAUGGGCGCUUUGUUGACCUCGUUAAUGAAGCCGUGAACAAGCACCGUCUAAUAUUUGUGAGUAGUGCUGGCAAUAGUGGGCCAGCACUGAGCACUGUUGGAGCACCUGGUGGUACCACAUCAAGCAUUAUAGGAGUUGGUGCAUACGUCUCUCCAGCAAUGGCUGCUGGUGCUCAUUGUGUAGUUGAAGCCCCUGGUGAAGGGCUUGAGUACACUUGGUCUAGCCGUGGACCGACCGCCGAUGGAGAUCUUGGUGUCUGUAUAAGUGCUCCUGGUGCGGCUGUUGCUCCUGUUCCUACAUGGACUCUUCAACAACGCAUGCUCAUGAAUGGAACAUCAAUGGCAUCUCCAUCUGCUUGUGGAGGAAUUGCUUUGCUCAUAAGUGCAUUGAAGGCUGAAGGUAUUCCUGUGAGUCCAUAUAGUGUAAGGAAGGCUCUUGAAAAUACAUCUGUUCCGAUAGGCAGUCUACCAGAAGAUAAACUAUCAACUGGAGUAGGGCUUAUGCAAGUUGACAAGGCACAUGAAUAUCUAAGGCAGACCCGGGGUGUACCAUGUGUUUGGUAUCAGAUAAAGAUAAAUCAAUCUAGUAAACCAAUGCCUACAUCACGAGGAAUAUACUUAAGGGAGGCUAGUGCUUUACAACAAUCUACUGAGUGGACAGUGCUAGUUGAACCAAAAUUUCACGAAGGUGCAAGUAAUUUAGAAGAAUUGGUUCCUUUUGAGGAGUGCAUCGAGUUACAUUCCAGUGAGAAGGCAGUUGUGAGGGCUCCUGAUUAUCUCCUUCUUACUCAUAAUGGGCGUAGCUUCAACAUAGUUGUGGAUCCCACCAAACUUAGUGAAGGUCUACACUAUUAUGAACUACAUGGUGUUGAUUGCAAUGCACCAUGGCGCGGCCCUCUUUUCAGAAUCCCUGUUACUAUAACAAAGCCUAUGGCUGUGAUAAAUCGACCUCCAUUUUCUAAGAUGUCAUUUUUGCCAGGCCACAUAGAAAGGAGAUUUAUAGAAGUACCUCUUGGUGCUACAUGGGUUGAAGCAACCAUGCAAACAUCAGGAUUUGAUACAGCACGAAGAUUUUUUAUUGACUCUCUUCAGCUUUGUCCCCUGCAAAGACCUCGUAAAUGGGAGAGUGUUGUAACAUUCUCUUCUCCGGGUUCCAAAAGCUUUUCAUUUCCUGUUGUGGGUGGUCAGACAAUGGAAUUAGCUAUUGCUCAAUUUUGGUCGAGUGGGAUAGGAAGUCAUGAAACAACUAUUGUGGAUUUUGAGAUUGUAUUUCAUGGGAUUAACAUUAAUAAAGAUGAAGUAGUACUUGAUGGAAGUGAAGCACCGAUCAGAAUUGAAGCUGAAGCUCUACUGGCUUCUGAGGAACUUGCACCGGCUGCUAUUCUAAACAAGAUAAGAAUUCCAUAUCGGCCGGUUGAGUCUAAACUUUUUACUCUGCCAACAGAUCGUGACAAACUACCCUCAGAAAAACGUAUUCUGGCACUUACUUUAACUUACAAGUUCAAAUUGGAAGACGGAGCUGAAGUAAAGCCUCAAGUUCCACUACUUAACAAUCGCGUGUACGACACUAAAUUUGAGUCUCAAUUUUAUAUGAUCUCUGAUGCAAACAAGCGUGUAUAUGCAAUGGGUGACACUUAUCCAAGUUCUUCAAAACUGCCCAAGGGUGAAUACAAUUUACGGCUAUAUUUGAGACACGACAAUGUGCAAUAUUUGGAAAAGUUGAAGCAGCUGGUGUUGUUCAUUGAGAGGAAGUUGGAAGAGAAGGAUGUAAUCCGAUUGAGCUUUUUCUCCCAACCUGAUGGCUCUUUGAUGGGAAACGGUUCUUAUAGGUCCUCCAUUUUAGUUCCAGGGAAGAAAGAAGCAAUCUAUUUGGGUCCACCAUCCAAAGACAAAAUCCCAAAGUUUUCUCCACAAGGAUCUGUUUUACUAGGAGCAAUCUCAUAUGGGAAGUUAUCAUAUGUUGAAAAGGGAGAGGGGAAAAAUCCACUGAAGAACCCUGUGUCUUAUCAGAUAUCAUAUAUAGUGCCACCAAAUAAGCUGGACGAGGACAAAGGAAAAGGUUCUUCUGCUUCAACUAAGGGUAUAUCUGAGCGAUUAGAUGAAGAGGUUCGAGAUGCAAAGAUUAAAGUUCUUGCAAGCCUGAAACAAGACACUGAUGAAGAAUUCUCAGAGUGGAAAAAAUUAUCUUCCUCUCUCAAGUCUGAAUACCCUAAAUACACUCCAUUGCUUGCGAAGAUAUUGGAAGGUUUGGUUUCUCAAAGCAUUAUUGAGGACAAAGUCCUCCAUGAAAAAGAGGUUAUUGAUGCAGCAAAUGAGGUGGUUGACAGUGUUGACAAAGAUGAGCUAGCAAAAUUUUUUGCACUCAGAAGUGAUCCUGAUGAUGAAGAGGCAGAGAAAAUUAAAAAGAAGAUGGAGACAACCCGUGAUCAGUUAGCAGAGGCGUUGUACCAAAAAGGACUAGCACUUGCAGAGAUUGAAUCGUUGCAGGGUGAUAAGCCCCCUAAGGCUGAAGAAGGGGCAGAAAAGACUAAAGAUUUGUUUGAAGAUAACUUCAAAGAACUUAAAAAUUGGGUCGAAGUGAAGUCCUCUAAAUUUGGAACCCUCUUAGUACGUCGUGAGAGACGUUGUAAAAGGCUUGGAACAGCGUUGAAGGCUUUGAAUGACAUAAUCCAAGACGAUGGAGAGCCUCCCAAGAAGAAGUUUUAUGAAUUGAAGAUCUCCCUGCUUGAUGAGAUUGGUUGGAAACACUUGGUGACACAUGAGAAACAAUGGAUGCAUGUCCGCUUUCCAGCAAAUUUACCUCUUUUCUAG